UACAGAACUGAAGCAACAUGUGGAAAUGGAAUGACCCUCAGCUAGAGACCUGGCCCAUUGGCCCUGGAACCCAUAUUUCCGCAACGGAUGGAGUUGUUUGAUGGUAAUCUCGCAGCGGUGGUGCAAUUCACAGGCGUUGUGGUCCUGGGAUUCAGUGAUUUCCUCUGGAUGCGCAUACAACACUCUUUACUCUACGUUCUACUUCGGCUCUUCGGAUGGCUGGGGCUAUCAUUGCGAACAUGUAGGCUGGCCCAAGAUUUUCUUCUUCCCGGAGACAAAAUGGCACCGGCAUCAUCGCCAUCCUUCCGAUGUAACACACGACGAAGAGCAAUCAAAGACCUCCGGUACACGGUCCGAUCAGGAGAAGCCCAUCGAGGCUACACUUUACGAAAACGUAGCCGCAGAGAGAGGUGAUAAUUCGACUUCGUGGGUAGGCAAUGGAAAAUGCUACCUGGUUGGAAUAGAUCUGGUCAGAUAUAUAUAUACAGAUUGUUGACACAGAAUCGGAGUGACGGUUUUAUCCGAAAGAAAAGCAUUUCGACAUGAUAGCCCCCA